AUGAUUCUCCUAUUCAGCCUCUUCCUCUUCACCUUCACUCUCGCUCAACAAUCUCCCCCUCAAGCUCAACCCAUUCCCCCAGCUCAAGGAUUUCAACCACAAAGGGUACUAUUCCAGGAGGAGGGGGCUGUGGCCCCUCCACAAGUAUUUUUUCAGGCCCAAUCGAGCAGCGCUGAUAACUUAGACCCGUGCCAGUACUUGUUGCAGAAUUUGACGAGUGUUGAGAACCUUCAACAGCACGAGUUUGCUUCCCUUGAGCAAUGUCUCUACUACUACUUGGCUGGCGAGACAGCGAAGAGAAUGAGAAAGUUCGGCAUCGCACACCCAAUCGCUGCCGUGCCACCAAAUUACAUCUCAAAGCAGCCCGUGAAAAUAAACUUCCAACAAUUGACUCUUCAACAUUUUGAGCUGAAUGAGUUCCUGAAAGAUGUGGCUAUUCAUGGAUAUAUGGAGAUCGGUUGGGAAGACGAUCGUUUAAUGUGGGAUCAAAGUAAAUGGAAGGUGGAUCAUCUCGAGAUUCAAAGUCUUUCUCACAUUUGGUUCCCCGUCUUUAUCGCUCAAAACUAUGAGACUGCCUUGAAAAACGGAGAUGCUUUUGAGAUGAGAAAAGUCGAGACAACGAAUAAAGGAAAUCUAUCAGCCACUCUAGCUUUCAGCCUUCGCUCUUUCUGCGAUGACUCGGACUUCCAAAACUAUCCUGAUGAUGUCUACAAGUGUUGCUUCAGCUUAGAACCACAUGUUCAUCAUGAUAUCAUCGAAUUCAGCACUUCGGGUCUCCCCAUUUUCACUGAUCCGAAAUACUUCAGAGAUUACGGAUGGAAACUCUCGGGAACCGUCCCAACUGUGCAACAAGAUCCUGCACAAGUUGCUCAACUAUCUUUCUGUAUAAAUCUCCAACGCUCGAGCUCGGCUGUUAGAAUUGAGCUGACCGUUCCAUUAAUGGUCACUUCUCUGGUUUUCCUUCUCUCACCAUUCCUUGGAAAGAUCAGAAUCCAAAUCUACGUGAAACUGUUGCUCUUGGGUCUGCAAUUCUUGACAUUCCAAUUGUUCUCGUCGAGAAUCGCUCCACAUCUUGGUUCAGCCUCCGCCACGCCUAAGCUUAUGCGUUUCCUGGAGUUCUCAGUGAUCAUGAACACUCUCUCGAUCACUGCCUCAAUUCUCGUCCAAUCCGUUUCGCGAAUCCGACGAGAGCUCCCACCAUGGGGAAAACUCAUUCAACUCUCGGCUAUUGUCAACAAAUUCCUAUGUGCUCUUCAAUCUCAUGCACCCGAAGAAGAGAUCGAAAUGGGCGAGAAGACCACUACAAACUAUCAAAAAGAUUGGCUGAACGCUUUCAUCGCCAUUCACACAAUCGCUAUGACAGCCAUCGGAGCGAUUUUCUUGAUCGGAUAUUUGAUCAUUUUG